AUGAACGCAACGAACUUCGCUCAGAGCUUGCUCCAAUCGGCACGUGUAGCUCCAGAAAUCUUUGAGCUACGCCCAGACUACCGCGCCCUCUUGAUGGUCGUCGAAGGAUUCCCACCAGGCCCAAGCGACGAGCGCAGCGAAAUCCUCCUACAGAAGGCCGAAAGUGCCGUCAAAGAUCUUCUAUCCAAGCAACCCGUCACUGAGCUCCCUCAUAUCGCCGCAUGGAGAGAGACAUAUAAAUCCUUCGGGGCCAAACCCCAGAAAACGCGCAACAGUCUGGAAGCUCUAACACGUCGCGCGGAGAAUGGUCUUCCUCGAGUCAAUCGUUUGACAGAUAUCUACAAUGCGAUCUCAGUCAAGUAUCAGAUUCCACUAGGGGGCGAAGACCUCGACAAAUACGAUGGGUCGCCGUUCCUGAUUCGGGCGACCGGCAAGGAACAGUUCGUGACUUUCUCUAGUGGAGAGCAGAGUGUCGAGUUUGCGGCGCCAGGUGAACCUAUUUGGUGCGAUGAUUCGGGGAUUACCUGUCGUCGGUGGAAUUGGCGACAAGGCCCGCGGACUGCUCUGACUGAUGAAACUACUCGUGUGCUCUUUAUUCUGGACGCGCUUGAGCCGCUUUCGCCUGAUGCUUUGAUGCAGGCUGCGGAUGAGCUUGCAUCAACGCUAGAAAGCCUUUCGUCAGAAGUCCGAAUUUCACGCCGGAUAAUCGGUGCUGAGAAGACAGCGUAA